GAGGGGAGCAGAGCAGAGGAGGCUGUAUAAAAGCACUAAGAAUGACUAGAAGCUCACCACAUUCUGUCUGCUGUCAAAAGAGAAGGGCUGUCUUUCUCCUCUCCUGCUAUUCCCCUGCUCCCUCGCAGCAGCAGCAGCAGCAGCAGAUUCAAUCCUGCCUGCUUGUCUGGAAUCAAACCCAACAUUUGAAAAAUAAAUUUGAGACAAUAAUUUUAUAAUAUAGGGAGACACUUUUUUUUUUUUAAUAUAGAUAAAUAUUAAUAAUUGUAUUAUAAAUUGCUUUAUUUUUUAUUUCCGAAGUGGGUCUAUUAAAUUUCCACUAUAGGAUUUUAAAUUAAGCAAAUCUCUGAAUUUCUACAGCUUAAGGUUGUUCCCUCCCCCUCCCCCAGAAACCAAAACCAGCAGAAGAUUGUUUUCUCUCAUCCCUAUUCAAUCGGCUGCCCUGCGAACGGCACAGAUUAACAGAAAACCAUGGGUCUUCAAGGCCACGUCCUAGUUUGCCUGGCCGUAGGCAUGCUGCUCCAGUGCGCCCACGCUGGGAUCAUCAAGAAGGUCAUCCGUCAGAGGAGGGAGGCCCUGGUCACCCCAAAAGAGGAGAACCUCACCCUGCCUUCCCCAGACGAACCUGUGGUGUUCAACCAUGUCUACAACAUCAAUGUCCCUUCAAGCUCCUUGUGCUCCGUCGACCUGGAUUCUCCCGGUGCGACGGAGGUCAAGCCCCAAGCCCCAUCUGAUGGUCAGUCCGUUGAGCACACGCUGGAUGGGGAGAACCAGAUCGUCUUCACCCACCGGAUCAACAUCCCCCGGCAGGCCUGCGGCUGUGCCAACGCCCCCGAUCUCAAGGACCUCCUGAGCAGGCUUGAGCUCCUGGAGGGGCAGGUCUCUUCUCUAAAGGAACAGUGCGGCAGUGGGGCUGGGUGCUGUCAGUCCCAGGCUCAAGGUGCCAUAGAGAUAAAACCUUACUGCAAUGGCCACGGUAACUACAGCACAGAGACAUGCAGCUGCUUGUGCGAGCCAGGCUGGACCGGUGCCAACUGCACGGAGGUCGCGUGUCCAAACGACUGCCAGGACCAGGGCCGCUGUGUGGAUGGCGUGUGUGUCUGCUUCGAGGGCUUCAUGGGCGAAGACUGUGGGGUAGAGACGUGCCCGGCGGACUGCAGUGAGAACGGGCAGUGCAUCGACGGGGUAUGCGUGUGCACCGAGGGCUUCAGCGGGGAAGACUGCUCCCAAACCAACUGCCCCAACAACUGCCUGGGCCGCGGCCGCUGUGUGGACAGCGAGUGCGUGUGCGAUGAAGGGUUUACCGGCGAUGACUGCUCUGAGCUCAUCUGCCCCAACGACUGCUACGACAGAGGCCGCUGCGUUAACGGCGUUUGUUUCUGCGAGGAAGGAUUCACCGGAGAGGACUGCGGUGAAAUGACCUGCCCUGGAAACUGUAACAACCGGGGCUACUGCGUGGACGGGCAGUGCGUUUGCAGCGCUGGAUACACUGGCAAGGACUGCAGCGAGCUGACUUGCCCCAACGACUGCAAGGAGAGAGGCCGCUGCGUGAACGGCAUGUGUAUCUGCGACCCUGGCUUCGUCGGCGAGGACUGUAGCGAGCUGGCCUGCCCGGACAACUGCAACAACCGGGGCCAAUGCGUCAAUGGGCAGUGUGUCUGCGAUCAGGGCUUCAUGGGAGAAGACUGCUCUGAGCUUUCCUGCCCCAACAACUGCCAAAACAGAGGCAGGUGCGUGAACGGCCAGUGCGUCUGCGACGAAGGUUUCACCGGAGAAGACUGCAGCGUAAAGACCUGCCCCAACAACUGCUUCGGAAGGGGCGAGUGCAUUGACGGGAAAUGUGUCUGUUUCGCCGGCUUCACCGGAGAAGACUGCAGCGAGCUGACCUGCCCCAACGACUGCCUGGGCCGCGGCCGAUGCGUGGACGGACAGUGUGUUUGCGAUGAAGGCUUCACAGGCGACGACUGCAGCCAGAAGACAUGCCUUAACGACUGCUUCGGAAGGGGGAAUUGUGUGGAUGGGCUGUGCGUCUGUGACGAGGGCUUCAUGGGAGAGGACUGCAGUGAGCGCUCCUGCCCCAAUAACUGCAACGACAGGGGCCGCUGCGUGGAUGGGCAGUGUGUCUGCGAUGAUGGUUUCAUGGGCGAAGACUGCGGAGAACUCUCCUGCCCCAAUAACUGCAACGACAGAGGCCGCUGCGUGAACGGGCAGUGCGUCUGCGAUGACGGUUUCAUGGGCGAAGACUGCGGAGAACUCUCCUGCCCCAAUAACUGCAACGACAGGGGCCGCUGCGUGAACGGGCAAUGCGUCUGCGAUGAUGGUUUCAUGGGUGAAGACUGCGGAGAACUCUCCUGCCCCAAUAACUGCAACGACAGAGGCCGCUGCGUGGACGGGCAGUGUGUCUGCGAUGACGGUUUCAUGGGUGAAGACUGCGGAGAACUCUCAUGCUUGAAUAACUGCAAUGACAGGGGCCUCUGCGUGAACGGGCAGUGCGUCUGUGACCUGGGCUUCGUGGGAGAGGACUGCAGUGAUCUGGCAUGCCCUGAUAGCUGCAAGGAUAGAGGUACCUGUGUUGAUGGGCAGUGCAUCUGUGAAGAGGGAUUUAUCGGGGCGGACUGCAGCGACGUUUCCCCCCCGAAGGACCUGACAGUGACCGAGGUGACCCCUGAGACGGUCAACCUGACCUGGAACAAUGAGAAGAUCGUGACGGAGUACCUGAUCACCUACGUGCCCACGGCUCCCGGGGGUCUGGAGCUGGAUUUCCGCGUGCCCGGGGACCAGCAAGCAGCCACCAUCCCUGAGCUGGAGCCGGGCGUGGAGUACCUGGUGCAGGUCUACGCCAUCCUGAAGAACCAGAGGAGCGUCCCUGUCAGCGCCCGCGUCGCCACGCACAUGCCCGAGCCCGAAGGCCUGAGGUUCAAGUCUAUCCGGGAGACCUCAGUGGAGGUGAUGUGGGACCCCCUGGACAUCUCAUUUGACGGCUGGAAACUCGUUUUCAGAAACACGAAAGAAGAUAAUGGUGAAAUUAUCAGCAGCCUGUCUCGCCCCGAGACAUCCUUCGUCCAGUCAGGUUUGGGGCCCGGUCAGGAAUAUGAGGUUUCACUGUAUGCUGUGAAGAACAAGACCCAAGGACCCACAGCCACUAAGAAUGUCAUCACGAGGAUCGACUCUCCAAGCCAAGUGGAAGUGAAGGACGUGACGGACUCGACCGCCUUCAUUACCUGGUUCAAGCCCGUCGCCCAGGUGGACGGAAUCAGCUUGUCCUACUGGCCCAGUGGUCAGCCGACAGACAGGACCACAGUGGCGCUCUCCGGCACGGACAGCCAGUACAACGUGGACAGCCUGAAGCCCAACACGGAGUACGAGGUCUCGCUGGUGUCUAAGAGGGGGGACAUGAGGAGCGACCCCAUCUCAGAGUCCUUCACUACAGAUCUGGAUGCUCCCAAGAACCUACAGCGCAUCUCCCAGACUGAGAACAGCAUCACUCUGGAGUGGAAGAACAGCAAGGCGACAGUGGACAGCUACCGCAUUAAAUACGCAUCUCUGUCCGGGGGAGACCACGCAGAAAUCACUGUGCCACGGGGCAGACAGGCCACCACCAAGGCCACGAUCACUGGUCUGAAGCCAGGCACAGAGUACGGGAUGGGGGUCACCGCUGUGAAACAGGACAAGGAAAGCCUGCCGGCCACCAUCAACGCAGCAACUGACCUGGACGCUCCAAGAGACUUCGAGGCGGUCGAUUCGACGGAGAGCACCGUCUCUCUGCGCUGGAAGAGGCCACUGGCCAAGAUCGAAGUCUACCUUCUGACCUACACGUCCGCGGACGGCAGGAGGGAAGAGGUGGAGGUCCCUGCCGACGUCACCAACUACAUCCUGAGAGGGCUGGAUCCUGGUGUGCAGUACUCAAUCACCCUGAUUGCACAGAGAGGCAGACAGAGGAGCCAGCCAGCCGCCACUACUGUUUCAACGGCGUCGUUCUCAUUCUCCUUAGCGGACUAUGUACCAGAAGUCACGACUUCCAAUCAGAACCAGGACAAGUUUAGAAUAAUGUCCUUGCAAGUCACUGGUCCCAAGAUCGCGGGGAUGGGCGAGGAGGUGGAGGAGGAGGAGGAGGAGGAGAUGAUGCAGGCCUUGGAGGUCUCCAGUGUAACGUCAGAUGGAUUUCAGCUCUUGUGGAAUGUGGAGACAGACAGAGUGUAUGACAGUUACAUUGUAGAAUAUAGAGACACGUUGGGAUUGUGGGAUAAGAUGGAGGUCUGGCUACCUGGAGACUCGACAGGUACUAGACUCAGAGGUUUGAGAGCAGCCACCGCAUAUCAGAUCAAGCUUUAUGGAAUAACUGGGGGCCAAACAUCCAGAGCUCUCGAGGCUGUAGCCAAAACAGCUUUCAUACCUACUGCAGCAUCUGUGGAUGUAGCUGCCUCUGACAUUGUCGCUGUGACUCCAACAUUAGCCCCUCACAGACAGACCCACCCAAGAGUCAUUCCAUCCGUUUCUUUUAAACCAGAAACUCAGAUGUCCACUCUAACGGGGCGGUCUAGUGCCGAGACUGGCGGUGUGAGCUUGGAGCUUCUCGAAGCCCUCAGUGUCUCGGAGGUGGGCCAGACUAGCUUCCAGCUGUCCUGGACGGCACCAGCUGGGUCCUUUGAUAGCUUCCUUGUAGAGUUGAAGGACUUAGCUGUGUUCAAUGAAAUAGCUUCAGUAUCCGUGCCAGGAGACGUCCGGCACACUGCCAUUGCUGACCUGUCACCUGGCACUCUUUAUGAGAUCACCUUGCAUGGAACUGACCAGGAAAACAGGUCACAUAUCCUCAAGGCAAUUGCCAAUACAGAGGAGGAGCCUGAGCUGGGCACCUUAGAAGUCUCAGACGUCAGCUGGGACGGCUUCAAUGUCUCUUGGAAAGUCGCUGACGGAGACUUCGAAAACUUUAUUGUUGAAGUUACAGAUUCUGAUAGGUCGGCCGAGACGCAGAGUCACACAGUGGCUGGUGAUCUCCGGAGGCUGGACAUCAAUGGGCUGAAGCCCAGUACCUCUUACCAGGUCACCGUCUCUGGGGUGAUCCAAGGCUCACACACAAAACCUCUUUUUACAGAAGUCAGCACAGUGCCAGAGCCUGAAGUUGGUAAUCUGUUUGUAUCAAACAUUACCUCAGACAGCUUCAGUCUCUCCUGGACAGCCACUGGAGGCUCUUUCGAUGGCUUUGCACUUGAGAUUAUAGAUUCAAACAGGCUGCUGGAGCCAAUGGAAUACAGCAUAGCCAGAGAUGUGUUGGCAACCCAUAUCUCAGGGCUGAGUCCCCGCACUGAUUACAUAGCCUACCUGUACGGGCUCACGCAUGGUGUUCGAACACAGGCUCUCAGUGCUAUUGCUUCCACAGUGCCAGAACCUGACCUGAGCAAGCUAGUUGUUUUCAACGUUACCUCAAACAGCCUGUCUCUGUCUUGGAACGCCCGCGACCAGGCUUUUGAUCACUUUGUAGUCGAGGUUAUAGAGGCGGAGCCGGGCUCGCGCAAAAUAGAGCACACGGUCUCUGGAGACCAGCGGAGCGUCGUGAUCCCCCGGCUCAAAGGAGCCACUCGGUAUGAGCUCACAUUGUAUGGCAGCUCCGGCAGUCAGCACACCCCUCCUUUAACUACUGUAGCUACUACAGACGCAGAACCACAGCUGGGUAACAUAACUGUAUCAGAUAUAACCCACGACAGCUUGGCCCUCACAUGGACCGCAGCGGCAGGCUCCUUUGAGAGCUUUGUAAUAGAAGUCAGUGAUUCUGAGCAGCUCUACGACCCCUUGGAGCUCAGAGUGGGCGGGGCCUCACGCAAUGACACUAUCAUGGGCCUGGCGGACGGCACCGCUUAUAACAUAAACGUGCACGGCUUGUCUCAAGGGCGCCGCACUCAGCCUCUGUCUGCCUUCGCCGUCACAGAGGCGUUACCCAAAGUGGAAAACCUAGUCAUUUCAGACAUUAACCCGUACGGCUUCAGGGUGACCUGGAAGACGGGUGACGACGGCCAGUCUCACCAGUUAGACCAGUUUCUCAUAGUGGUUGUAGAUUCGGGCAGGUUGCUGGACCCCCAGGACUUCACCGUGCUCGGAGAGCAGCGUUCCCUGGACAUCAGAGGCCUUAUCACGGGCAUAGGCUAUGAGGUUAAACUCUAUGGCAUAACCAAGGAGGGACAACGCACAAAACCCUUAAGUGCAGUGGCUGUGACAGAAGCCGAGCCAGAAGUGGACAACCUUCUCGUCUCGGACGUGACCUCCGAGAGCUUCCGUCUGUCCUGGAUGGCAGACGAAGACCUCUUCGAUAGUUUUGUUAUUAAAGUUAGGGAUUCCAAAAAACUGUCCGACCCGCUGGAGCUGACGGUCCCUGGGCAGGAGCACACCAUAGAGGUUCCGGGUCUCUUAGGGGGUACAGAGUACGAAAUCGAGCUGUACGGGGUCGCCAGGGGACAGCGCUGGCAGCCCAUUAAUGCCAUGGCUAGAACAGGUCUCGGAGCCCCAAGCGGUGUGCGGUUCUCUGACGUUACCGAGAGCACCGUCACGGUUCACUGGAUCCUCCCCCCGGCUCGCGUCGACAGCUAUCGCAUCUCCUACGUACCUGCGGACGGAGGGACCCCGCUGACAGUGACUGUGGACGGAGCCAAGGCCAAGACCACCCUGGUGAACCUGACUCCAGGACAGACCUAUGAGAUCAGCGUCACGUCGGUGAAAGGGUUCGAGGAGAGCGACCCAUCCUCUGGCACUGUGACCACAGGCCUCGAUAAACCCACUGGUCUGGUGGCGGUCAACGUCACUGAUUCCGAGGCCCUGUUGCUGUGGCAACCAGCGAUUGCUACAGUUGAUGGCUACGUCGUUACAUACAGCGCAGACAAUGUGCCCCCUAUGAUGGAGCGUGUUUCAGGGAACACAGUUGAGUUUGGUAUGAGUGCUCUGCGUCCCGCCACGCGCUAUACUGUGAGGGUCUACGCAGUGAGCGGCUCUCUGCAGAGUGCAGUCUCCACCACGGAGUUCACCACCGCCGUCGAUGCCCCCAGAGACCUGAGUGCCAGUAACGUGCAGACAGAGAGCGCCGUGCUGACGUGGAAGGCACCGCGAGCCAGCAUCACCGGGUACAUCCUCAUCUUCACGUCUGCUGACGGGAAAGUCAAGGAAGUGGUCUUGGGACCCAGCACCACCUCCUAUAACCUGGCUCAGCUCAGCGCCUCCACCCAGUACACUGUGAGACUGCAGGCCCUCGCAGGCCCCGAGAGAAGCAAGAUCGUCAGGAUGCAGUUCACCACCACUGGCCUCCUGUACAGACACCCUCGAGAUUGCUCCCAGGCCCUGCUGAAUGGAGAGACCAGCUCGGGGCUUUACACCAUCUACCUGAAGGGGGAGGAGAGCCAGCCUGUGCAGGUGUACUGCGACAUGGCCACAGACGGAGGAGGCUGGAUUGUGAUUGUCAGGCGUCAGAACGGCAAGCUGCAGUUCUACAGGAACUGGAAGAACUACACAGCAGGGUUUGGCGAUAUGAACGACGAGUUCUGGCUUGGUCUGGACAGUCUGCACAAGAUCACCUCGUCCGGUCAGUAUGAGCUGCGGGUCGAUCUCCGAGACAGGGGCGAGAGCGCCUACGCGCAGUACGACAAGUUCACCAUCAGCGACCCGCGCAGCCGCUACAAGAUCAACGUGGGAGGAUACAGCGGCACGGCCGGCGAUUCUAUGAGCUACCACCAGGGGCGCCCCUUCUCCACCUAUGACAAGGACAACGACAUCGCUGUCACCAACUGCGCCCUGUCCUACAAGGGAGCCUUCUGGUACAAGAACUGCCACCGAGUCAACCUGAUGGGCAGAUAUGGAGACGACAACCACAGUCAGGGUGUCAACUGGUUCCAUUGGAAGGGUCAUGAGCAUUCGAUCGAGUUUGCAGAGAUGAAAAUCCGACCGUCCAACUUCAGGAACUUCGAGGGAAGGAGGAAGAGGUCAUAAAGGAAGCACCACCCUCCCUCCC